UCCCGCCUCCUGAGUGUAUCCUGGUUCUGGCUGAAGCGAUGGCGGCUCUGACAGAAGUGCAGCGGUUACAGGCCCGGUUAGAGGAGCUGGAACGCUGGGUGUACGGGGCGGGCGGGGCGCGCAAUUCGCGGAAGGUAGCUGAUGGCUUGGUUAAAGUACAGGUGGCUUUGGGGAACAUUUCCAGCAAAAGAGAGAGGGUUAAAGUCCUGUUUAAAAAGAUUGAAGACCUGAUAAAAUACCUGGAUCCUGAGUACAUCGAUCGUAUUACUGUUCCUAAUGCUGCCAAAUUGCAAUUCAUCUUAGCAGAGGAGCAGUUUAUUCUCUCCCAAGUGGCACUCCUGGAGCAGGUGGAGGCUCUGGCUCCCCUUCUGGACAGCUCUCACAUCAAAGCUGUUCCCAAGCAUGCUGCCCGGCUGCAGGCCCUGUCACAGAUCCACAUCCAGCAGCAGGAUCAGUGUGAGGAAGUCACUGAAGCGACCAAGGCCCUCCUAGAAGAGUACAACAAGAUGACCAUUCUCCUCUCCAAGCAAUUUGUCCAAUGGGAUGAACUAUUGUCCCAGCUGGAGGCAGCAAAACAAGUAAAACCAGCAACAGAGUGAGGGAAGGCAUUUGUUGGAUGACUCCCUUCCUAGAACAUGUUCCCUACUCAGGGUCCUCUGUUUCCCUGUAUUUAAUGUUUCGGUCAUUCAUCCAGGUGGAUGUGACCCACCUAUCCUGUCUCUCCCCACCCCCUCCCACUUCCAGCUUUAUAUCUUCUCCUUCAGUGUGGAUUGACCAUGUUUUUAUUAGAGUUUGGGAGAAGGAACUUAAGGGGUUACUAUUCUUUAGUCAGCUCCAGUUUGAAAGUAGGAGAAGAAUGUCUGGCAGUCCUUGUCUUUCACUUACUAUAGCUGGAAGUUCUAGGAGGUGCGGGGGGAGGGAGGGAGGAGUAGGGGAUCAGAAGUCAAGGUGACUUGCAGAGAUACAGGCCUUGUCUCUGGAAAGCAGAGUUCCUUUUUUCUUCUGUAUUGCUAUUUUCCCCUACACUCAAGUUACCCCAUAACUUAUGUCACACAAUAAAAAUCCAAACUAUUGUCCUUAUUACUGUAAUAAUAAAGAACUAACACAGAAAACAAA